AUGAGAACGAUAAACGUACGAUGUAACUGGAACGAUCUUCAUGAGAUUAGAAGACGACUAUCUGCUUCACUUCAAAAAUGUGCCAAGCGAUUACAUUGGAAGACCCUAUCGUUUGUCAUAACUCACUAUAACGAUUCUCUUCACUUUUCCAUUCAAGUUACAUUACCUGCUACACUGAUAUCUGGGAAAAAGCAAAACCCGCCAGCACCAUCACCAAUUCAAGAAGAGCAAAAACAGGUUCAAGAAGAAAAACGGACAUCAAAUAUUUCAAAAGAACAGCGAAAGGACGCCGGCAUGCAGAUCGACCUGGAAGUUGGAGCAGAACUGCAGCAAUUAAGUGGAUUCACUACUGUGCUUUUCGGACCACAACCGCCUACGGAUGGAGCACAAUCAAUAAAAUGCGUACAAGUUGGGGACGGUAAAAUUCAACAUUGA